GUUCUUUACCGCGUAGUCGUCUGACAUGGCUUGGAACAAAAGUUGGUUUUGCUGACCAACUACUCCAGUGAAAUUCAGUUGCUUGACAGUCAAGUAUGGUGUGUAUUGAGCGUAUGCGCCAUGAAGAAGGCAUAGCGCCGUUAUCAACAGCGGUGGUAACAGACGCGAAAGGGAACUCAUUUCGAAGAUGACCUUGGAAGUGAACAUUGCGACCUGCUGAUUUCAACGAGGGUGAAUCUUGGAGCCUUUUCGAUCUGACACCCAACCAGUCGUGGCUCCAUUUCUCAGCCUCCUUUCUGUCAGUCGGAACCCUCAAUAACUCAAAAACGGUCCGUGUGCUUGUCUCCCAUUCCUACUCUCCCCCCUCUCGUUACAUUUUCACACUCGCCCCGCGUGGUCAUCUGGCUGAGCCUUUCUUCUUUGAUGACGGGCGAUAGGGCGGGAAAGAAACGGGAAAAGUAAAUUGUUCACUCUCAUGCAAGUUGCCUUGCUUUUUGCGCCAGCUGGGUAGCGGGAGAAAAUUGGACUCCUGUCUCGCGAGUCACUCCGAGCGUCUUAUGGUUUAUACCCGGCUAAAACAUGCAUGACCCGAUUCGCACUGAUUGCAGCUGCAGUCAUCUUUUUGCUGGCGCAGAAACGACGUCAAGGAGGGGUAUGCCUGAGGAGAACACCACGCCAAAGGAGCAUCAACUAUUUGACUGUCGCUUCCCCUUCAUUAUUAUAAGUGAUAUUGGACUCCUUUUCGCUCAAGAAGCACCCAACGCUGGUUUGCCCCGCUUGGUCCUCGGCCACCUGUGAAGCUGAACUUUGACAGCAAAAUGGCAGUAGACGAAAAACUUCCUACUAUUUUGGACGUACCGAUAGCGGACACGGCCGCGAAAGACGCUAAAGCAGCUGAUGAGAUCAAGCCAGUCAAGGAAGUCCGAAAAAGCAUCCCUUUCUUUUCUGUAAAAUGUCUCACAGGUCUACGUGGAGUCGCUGCGAUGGGAGUGGUUGCUUCCCACUUGUUUAGCGGUGAUGGUGCAAAGGUUUACGUAGGCGGCUGGGAAGGCCUGAACGAAAUGGGAAACAUUGCUGUCAUUUUCUUCUUUGUCUUGUCGGCUUUCCUGUUGACGGUCAGACCGCUCACCGAACGACAGAAACCUUCGGACGCAAAAUACGUUAAAUGGUCUGAAAACGGCAUCCUUAUUCCUUGGAUCAGUGUGCGGUGGAUCAAGUAUUUGAUCAGACGUGUUUUUCGUAUCUUGCCCUUGUAUUGGAUUAUCCUGCUCAUCAUCGCUGCGGUCCCUCAACUUCAUACCGCGUAUGCUGAUUUACGAAACUUCACCCCCUUCAGUUGGUCGACGGCUAUUUCAUAUGCUUUCUUUCGAGAUGUCAACUCGAUUUUCUGGACAAUUCCACCCGAAUUUGAGUAUUAUCUUGUCAUGCCCUUCUUUAUUGUUUUGUUUGAAAUGGCCGAAAGGAAGGACAAACUUGGCGAGUGGAUCAUGGGCAUCAAGCCGAAUCCACCAAACUAUCCUUACGGCCUCGGGUGUGCUGAAAUACAGAUGAAAGAGCAUUACCGAAAAGGGCUUCACAAUCGUGUUCUGCAUGUGUACUAUCGAUUCGGCCGUCGUCUCCUUCUCCUGCUUGUUCUUUCGCUCUUCAAUUGCUUUGUCGCCCCUCUGUUUUGGUCCGCACACGGUGCAUACGAUUACUACCACCUUCCACCCUUUGUCAAACGUUUCUGGCUGGGAAGUCUUGCGGCGUUCAUAUAUCAUAUGUUUGCUCAAUAUGGAUACGUGAUUUACGACUUCAAAGGUCCAAACAUCAACCAGAAGUGGAGUAAGAAGGCUACUAAAUGGAUCUCCGUUGGCGGUGACCUGAUAUGUUGGGCGCUUCUUAUUACCCUCUUUCUCUCUUUCCCAUGGUACCGCCGCAAGAUUCUCAACAUGUACGUACCUCGCGAACCCAUCAGCUGGUACGCGGACCACAUGCACGACUGGCCAGUCUUGGGAUCGGCUUUGAUCUGUUUCUUGGUCAGCUUUGCAACGCGGAAUGGAUCAUUUGCACACUUCUUCGAGUGGAGCGUAUUCAUGUUCGCCGGAGAUAUCAGUUUUCCUCUAUAUUUGACGCACCCUCCAGUCAUACAUCUUGCUCAAGAUCGUCACGCUCAAGGAAUCGACGGGGUUCUGUUUGUAUUCCUUUUCUGCUUCUUCAUUGCAAGUUGUUUCCAUUUCCUUGUGGAAAAGCCUGUGGGAAAACUUGGACAGAAGUUAGCGAGAUGGGUGCAACAAAAAUACUUCUCCAAGGAUCCCAAGCUCGCAGUAGAUGUCGAAAAGCAUGAGGAAAUGCAAGUGAAGAAAUACACCGACAUGGGUUUGACCAUGAAUCGUGAGUCCCCCGAUAGCGAAUCUCGCCCAUCCUCUGCUCUUGCUGGAAAUCUCGCAACCUAUUCUGUCGUGAAAGGCAAUGGUCUCCAUAAAAAGUCAGGUCCUUUGGUCCAGAUCAUUCAAGUCAAAGAAGACAAACCGGAAGAAAAGACCGGCGAAACUCCAGCGAGUACUCCUCGUCCGGAGCCGAACCUGGAAUUGAGGCAAGAUGAGCAGCACACUAGGAGUCAUGUCGAUCAUGAAGAAGAUGAAGCGCCCCUUGCUGCUCUCGCUGCAUCCAAAACCUAUUCUCGAUACGAUGAAGUUGUUCCUCCUCAAUAUCCUGUCAACCACAGCGGUAAUGUGCCAUCUCCCCCACGGUCUCCCCAACCUCCCUACCAUCACCGCUCCGCUUAUAGUCCUUCUCCUGUCGCUCAAGCUUAUUCCGAUUAUCGUUACAUGGAUCAGCAGGAAGCUCCCAUGGACGUUCGGACUAACGGCAACGCCGGGUUGCCUCAGACGUGGUUUAGGAAUCAACAACAGCGUUCCGUUUCCUUAUAUGCCAAUCGUUAUUGAUGUAGAAAUUUAGGAGAGAUGUAUAUGAAGGGAAUUUAUAUUAGGCAUGGUAUAUUGUGGUUUUUUUGACUUGUGUUUCAUGUAAAGUCUGUUGAUAGUGAGAAGUUACCGAUGUACAUUGAUAUACACAUCGUUGGGGUGAGCGGACUACUUGUAAUUUUUGAACUAUACUCCAAUAUACGUUUCAGAUAAUCUGAAGUUCCAUG